CUGGAUUGUGGUGGCUCCGGCGGAGCCCCCGAAGUUUGCGCUGCUCCGCGGAGGGGGCGGCCUUCGUCCCGCCGCUUCCGGGGCUCCGCCGCACCGGGCCGGGCGGAGCGGGCACCCGGGAGGGAAGAGGGUGAGGAGGGUCUAGUUCGGUCCGCGAUGAAGAAGCCGGACGGGAAGGUGGUGCUGCUGGGGGACAUGAACGUGGGCAAAACCUCCCUGCUGCACCGCUACAUGGAGAGGCGCUUCCAGGAGACGGUCAGCACCGUCGGCGGAGCCUUCUACCUCAAGCAGUGGGGGCCCUACAACAUCUCCAUCUGGGACACGGCAGGACGGGAGCAGUUCCAUGGCCUGGGGUCCAUGUACUGCAGAGGAGCCGCCGCCGUGAUCCUCACGUACGACGUGAACAGCCUCCAGAGCCUGACAGAGCUGGAAGAGAGAUUCUUGGCCCUGACAGACAGUGCGAGUGCUGACUGCAUUUUUGCUAUUGUUGGAAAUAAAGUUGACCUCACCGACGACUCUGCUUUGCCACCGGAUGAAAACAGACCCGAGAAGGCUCUCACCAGCUGCGGCUCGAAGGUGCGAAAACAAGUCCGCGCGGAGGAUGCCAUUGCACUCUAUAAAAAGAUACUGAAAUACAAAAUGCUCGAUGAGAAGGAUGUGCCAGCAGCUGAGAAAAUGUGCUUUGAGACCAGUGCAAAAACAGGGUAUAAGGUGGACUACCUCUUUGAAACUGUGUUUGAGAUGGUCGUCCCGAUCAUCGUACGGCAGAAAGCUGAGGGGCCGCAGCAGACUGUAGACAUCACUGACUACAAGCCAGCAAAAAGGACAAAAUCUGGUUGUUGUGCUUGAAUCACUUACAUGACAGUCAAAAAAGGGGAAGGAUUGUUUGCUCCGGCAAACUGAUGAGUGACAAGUGUUUGCAAUUCACCAGGAAGGAAAAGUCAGAAUAAAUAGGCAAGGAUGGUGUAUGUGAAAAAACCCAAAUCUUCUGGCCAUUAGAGGUUUCUGGGAAGCUCUGCGUGUGAAAAUAGGAAUGUGCAUGAAAUUAUGGAGGAAGGAUUGACAAUUUUCAUGGACUCUGAAGACAAAUGGUUUGUUAGCAACAACCAUCUGAACAGUUUUGAAGGAGUCUUUUUUUUUAAUGACUCUCCAUUUCAUAUCGCAUGUAAAAGAUCUGUUUGUGUACUCUUGACAGCUUUCAUGUGAUUAUAAUCUUUCCCCUUGCAAUUCUAACUUUGGAAGUCUGAAUGCAUGGUACUUUUUUAUUCUUAAGAAAAAAAAAGAAGAAAAUCCAGGUAUAAUUUAUAUUUGUAGCUAAUAAAUCAAUUACAGUCUUUUUAUGUCAGAAAUAACAGUGUACGAUUCAGAAGCUGAAUGAUUAAAAUCACUGUGGAUA